GGACUACUAAACUCGUUCUUCUUUAGUUAGGGAGUUGGGUCGCGCAGACCAGUCUAGACCAGUCCCCUCGCUCAGCUAAGUCAUCGCAGAGGCUCUUCCUCAGCUCCAUUCUCACCGUCUUCUCCAACCAUUUCUCCAAUGGCGGCCAGAACCCUUGCGGGAUUUCUGGUACUGGCUUUGGUGAUUACGAUCUGUGAAGCUGCAUCUGUGUUUCAACCGAUCACCCACGCUCAUCGAUCUGCGGCUUCACAGCUUUUCACUCCCGUCGAUGGCUCCUUCCCCAGUUUAGAAGAGGCAUAUGAAGCCCUAAGAUCAUUUGAGAUUCUUGGAGUUGAUAAGAAGCCUGUUAUAAAGAGCGCCACAUGUCGUUCUGUUAUUGAAACUCUCGGGUCGUCAUCUUCUUCUCCAAAGGAUUUGUUCCAUGCCUUGGGAGUUAAUGGCAUAUUGAAAUGUGAAGUUAAGGACCAGCUUUUUGAGGGUAUUGUUCCAAAACUUAAAGCUGUAGUCAGCAGUGCAAGUUCAUUACUGGACUUUUAUUACUCGAUUGGAAGUUUGGAUCUCAUUAAGGAUCAAAGUUCUAACGUCGAUGUUCUUCUUAGUGAUGCUGAUGGAAUCUUUCGUUCUAUCAAGGCUUUGAGCCAGAGUGAUGGAAGGUGGCGGUAUAGUUCUAAUAAUCCAGAAUCUAGUACCUAUGCUGCGGGAUUAGCAAUUAAAACACUUGCUGGUGUUAUCUCUCUGGCAUCUUCUGAAAUCGAUCAAUCAGUGAUUGGAACAUUGAAAAAUGAUAUAUCAAAGCUUUUUGACAGUAUUGAGAAAUAUGAUGAUGGGACAUUUUAUUUUGACGAAAAAGUUGUUGAAGCUCAAGAACAUCAGGGUCCUCUUUCGACUACGUCUUCAGUUGUUCGUGGGCUCACAGCAUUUGCAGAUGUCACUUCUGGAAGUAUAAAGCUUCCAGGGGAAAAAAUAUUGGGGUUGGCAAAAUUUUUUCUUGGCAUUGGCGUUCCUGGUGAUGCCAAAGACUUCUUUAACCAAGUGGACUCGUUAGCUUGUUUGGAAAACAAUAGGGUUUCUGUCCCACUGAUUUUAUCACUUCCAGCUUCUGUGCUUUCUUUGUCUAAGAAGAACCAGCUCAAGGUUAAAGUAAAUACUGUGCUUGGAUCAAAUGCACCUUCUUUGACAGUGAAGCUGGUGCGAGCUUCGAAAUCUGGUUCAAAGGAUGGUUCAAUAAUUGAGAGUCAGGAUCUCAAAUUUGACAAAGAAAGUGAAUCCCAUUUCUUGGAUUUGCCAAAGACUGUUGACGUUGGGAAAUUCCUGUUUGUUUUCGAGGUGGUCCUUCAUGACUCCGAGCUUGAAAAAGUUUAUGCUACUGGAGGCCAGACUCAAGUACCAGUAUAUGUCACAGGAUUUAUCAAAGUUGAUAAUGCUGAAAUUACAGUACUUGAUAGUGACCUCGGGAGUGUGGAAUCACAGAAAAAACUGGAUUUAGCUGGAGAAAAUGUUGUCUCAGUAUCAGCAAACCACCUUCAGAAGCUGCGCCUGUCCUUUCAACUAACUACUCCUCUUGGGCAUGUCUUUAAGCCUCAUCAGGUUUUUCUUAAGUUGAGACAUGAAACCAAGGUUGAGCAUAUAUUUGUGGUGGGAAGUUCCGGCAAAAAGUUUGAGAUAUUUCUAGAUUUUCUUGGUCUGGUUGAGAAGUUUUACUAUCUCUCAGGAAGCUAUGACAUUCAGCUUACUGUAGGUGAUGCUGUAAUGGAAAACUCUUUCUUAAAGGCUAUUGGUCAGAUUGAGUUGGAUCUACCUGAAGCCCCUGAAAAGGCCCCACGUCCUCCUCUUCAGCCUGCUGAUCCUUACUCUAAAUAUGGCCCCAAAGCAGAAAUAAGUCACAUCUUCAGGGUUCCAGAGAAGCGUCCCCCAAAGGAGCUCUCUCUUGCUUUCUUGGGUCUUACCUUUGUGCCACUUAUUGGUUUUUUGAUUGGGCUAUUACGAUUAGGGGUGAAUUUCAAGAACUUCCCUUCUUCAGCAGUACCCGCCACAUUUGCUAUCCUUUUCCAUCUUGGCAUUGCAGCAGUUCUCUUCCUCUACUUUCUUUUCUGGUUGAAGUUGGAUCUAUUUACGACGCUGAAAGUGCUUGGUUUCUUGGGAGCUUUCUUGCUCAUUGUGGGACACAGAAUUCUUUCCCAUCUAGCCUCCUCAUCGACCAAGUUGAAAUCUGCUUGAGAAGAUGUCAACUUCUUAAUUUCUAGAGUUUUAUCCAAUUUUGUAGGACUCUUCUGUUUGUGUUAUUAUACCUGACGAGAACAGUAUAAAAAAAAUGGAAAGCUGUAUUCUCUGCCCUGAAUCUUUGCACAUCUUUGGGUAAUUUAACGUGAGCAACUUAAAAGAAAGAAGAGUUCACCCA